UCCAGUGAUUCGGAAAAUAUUCAUGUUUCCAUCGAUUUUUAAGUGAAAAUCUAGUCCCGGAGUUCCGUUCGACAUGGGCCUCCUCACGAACCCAUCCAUUUCGCAGAAAGCCAAAUACUGCAAAGCGCUGAUCCGGCACAACACGCUGAUUUGCUUCUCGUUCUACCUGCUGGGUGUUGGCUAUUUCGGUCUGCUGCCGGAUCCGAACUUCAAUUCCGGAACGUACUUUUCCGAAAAUGCGCUGCUUCCCGGCUUGGUGUACUCGGAGCUGAAAACGGAAACCGUAAGUCUAGCGAAAAACUAUGCCGGUGAGUUGGAUCGGGAGCGGGAGAAUCAUCGAACCGGGAUGCCGUACGCAUGGUUGUUGGCCAAAAUGCGUAAGAUUGGACUGGAAACUCAUACGCACAAUUUUACACUGAAUUAUCCGCUUGGUGGGGGAAAGACCUUCACCGGGAAGAAUGUGUAUGGAAUUUUGCGAGCACCGAGAAUUGGAUCUACGGAAGCGUUUGUCAUUUCGGUGCCAUACAGGCCCCCGGAGUCGGUGCACAUGGACGUGUCGGCAGGAGUGCCAUUGAUUUUGGCGUUUGCUGAUUUUGCUAGGAAGCAGAAGUAUUGGGCCAAGGACAUUAUAUUUCUGAUAACCGAACAGGAACAGCUCGGGAUGCAAGCUUGGUUGGAAGCUUAUCAUGGAUCCGAGGACAGUCGGGUGCUGAAUGCGGGAUCUUUGAAUGGGAGAGCUGGAGCGAUUCAGGCGGCGAUCAAUUUGGAAGUGCAAAGCUUCGAUGUGGAUCAUAUAAACUUGAAGGUGGAGGGAUUGAAUGGUCAACUACCGAAUUUGGAUCUGCACAAUUUGGCACAGAAGCUUUCGCAGAAAAAUGGAAUUCCUGCGGCCUAUAGGCUGUCGGCUACGAAUCAGAGGAAACCGGUUACAUACCACGAGAAGCUGCAGAAUCUGCUGGCGAUGGUUCUGAGUCAAUCUUCGGGAGUUCCAAAUGGUAAUCAUGGCCUGUUCCAUCGCUACGGGAUCGAAGCUUUGACGCUGGAAUGUGUGAAACGAGCUGGUAAUUCAAGGAACACUGUCGGCGUGGGAGCACUGCUGAAGAUUAUCGAAGGAAUCAGUCGAAGUUUGAACAAUCUGUUGGAACGGUUCCAUCAGAGUUACUUCUUUUAUUUGCUGGUGACGCACGAUCGGUUCGUGUCCAUUGGGGACUAUAUGCCCAGUUUGGCUCUGAUGGCAGGGACUUUGCUUAUCAAGUCGUUUAUUCACUACUUAGGCUUGUACUAUUCGGAAGAUGACGAGCAGGAGCAGGAGAGGGGAGAUGAUGGCGAUAAUGAUUCGAACGAAACGCCUAAACAUUCCUACAUUGCGGUUGGAAUUGUCCUGUUGCUAGCGCACGGGAUCGGAGCCCUAACAACGGUUUUGCCCUUCAACCCUCUGCUGAACAACUACCUUCACGAAGCGAAUCUUUCGACUCAGUUCGGUCUGUUUGCCAUCAUGGCUUGCAUAUCGGUUAUGGUGCUGAUAUUGCCGGGUUUCAUCACACUGGAUGCGCUGAAUGCGGAAAUCCUGCAGAUCGCUGUUUUGCUGGAACUGGGAACCGCUCUGCUGACAGUCGGAAUGCUCAAUUUCUCCCUAGGAUGGCUGCUCUCCGUUGGGAUUGUACCCGUUGUCCUGAUAUUGAAACCACUGAAGAGGGGAUUCGCCAGGGGAUUUUCCCGUAUGCUCUGCUUAGUCAUUCAUCCGCUGGGGGUGGUAUAUCUAGUCCUGUUUGGCGUUACAUGCAACCUUUUCCCGGAGCUGGCGGUCAGGGAUCAAAUGAAGAAAGCCAUCACCGGUACGAUGGAUGGCAUCACCUAUUCCGUGGUCGAUUCGAUGAUCUACGGGAACUGGUUGUUCGACCUGGUGGCGCUGGUGUUUGUGCCCUCGUGGACCUUACUGUGGUUUUUGAUGUUUGUUACGAAAACUUCGAUCGGUGACGACAGGAAGGUGCAACACAAAGAAGAAGAAGAAGAAGAAGAAGCACUGAAGGAACCGAUGCUGCAGAAGUGAGUGUAUUUGAAUGUUGUUCGAGUUUCGGUACCUAUCACCAAAGAAGAGUAAAA